CGCGUGCGAGCAGGAAGUAGUUAACACCAGCGACCGGAAGUUCUGUGAAAAGACAGGAACAACAAAGAAGAGAAAGUGCUCGGGUUUUAAAUCUACUUAAGACCACACCGCGACACAAAACCAACCAAACUCACCGCUGUUUGUAGCAGAUCCAUUUCUGGUCAGCGCUGAAGGUCUGGUGUUGAUGUGAGGACAGAGGCAACCAUGGCCAACAACGCAGAGGAUGUUGAAAACAACCUGGACCAACAGGAGACCAGUGCAUCUCCAGAACCAGUACAGCAGCCGCCGGAGACCGGAGGAGCCCGGGUCCGGUCCAGAGGAGGUUCCGGAGCUGGAGGAGGAGGUGAUGGGGGCGGAGGAGGUGGAGGUGGAGGUGGAGGGGGAGGUGGGGGUGGGGGCGGCGGUGGACCGGAGCAGAACGGACAACCCCCCGCUGCCACCGCUGCCACCGCCGCCCGGCCUCCCCGAGUGGUGGAGGCCGAGGAGGACGAGGAUGAGGAGCUGACCUUGAAGUACGGCGCCAAACACGUCAUCAUGCUGUUCGUUCCCGUGACUCUGUGCAUGGUGGUCGUCGUGGCUACCAUCAAGUCUGUCAGCUUCUACACCCAGAACGACGGACAGAGACUGAUCUACACGCCUUUCCCUGAAGACACCGACACUGUAGCACAGAGAGCACUGAACUCCAUCCUGAACGCCACCAUCAUGAUCACCGUCAUCAUCGUCAUGACUCUGGUGCUAGUGCUUUUAUACAAGUACCGCUGCUACAAGGUGAUCCAAGGCUGGCUCUUCCUCUCCUCCCUCCUCCUGCUGUUUUUCUUCUCCUACAUCUACCUCAAGGAGGUUUUUAAGACCUACAACGUGGCCAUGGACUACUUCACCCUGGCCAUCAUCGUGUGGAACUUCGGCGUGGUGGGCAUGAUGUGCAUCCACUGGAAAGGACCUCUGCGGCUCCAGCAGGCCUACCUCAUCAUGAUCAGCGCCCUCAUGGCCCUGGUUUUCAUCAAGUACCUGCCAGAGUGGACCGCCUGGCUCAUAUUAGCCGUCAUCUCCGUCUACGAUCUGUUAGCGGUGCUCUGUCCCAAAGGGCCUCUGAGGAUCCUGGUGGAAACGGCGCAGGAGAGGAAUGAACCCAUCUUCCCCGCUCUCAUCUACUCCUCUACGAUGGUUUGGCUCGUCAACAUGGCCGACAGCGACAGACCCCAGAGGAACUCCACAGACGUCGCUUCACCACAACAGGAGGCUCAGCCAGCCGUGGCAUCCCCGGCCCCCUCCAGUCCAUCGCAGGACGACGGGGGCUUCACGCCGUCCUGGGUCAGCCACCAGGAACACCAGCUGGGUCCACUACAGUCCACCGACGAAACCAGGAGGGAGAUCCAGCAGAUGCCCUCGAGCCGACCUCCUGUGGACGACGACGACGAGGAGCGGGGCGUCAAGUUGGGGCUGGGCGACUUCAUCUUCUACAGCAUGUUGGUGGGAAAAGCCUCGGCCACAGCCAGCGGCGACUGGAACACCACACUGGCCUGCUUCGUGGCCAUCCUCAUUGGCCUGUGUCUGACCCUGCUCCUGCUCGCCAUCUUCAAGAAGGCCCUCCCCGCUCUGCCCAUCUCCAUCUUCUUCGGCCUGGUCUUCUACUUCGCCACAGAUAACCUGGUACGGCCCUUCAUGGACAAACUGGCGCUGCACCAGUUCUACAUUUAGCAGGACGUUGCCCCGCUGACCCUCACCCACGGAGCUCUCAAAGCCAAACAACACGAGAGCGGCGGCCCCUUCGACGGCCGGGGGGGAACAAUGGGCGGUGGGGUGGGGCGGGGCGGGGCCUCCUGCCCUCCCGCCCCCCACAUCCCCUCCUAUGAACUCACGAUGACGGGACACAAGUUGUUUUUGUUCUGCCUUUUCUUUCUGGCGCCAAGGGAGGACGAUCCCCACAACAGCUGUUCUUAAAUCUAAAAAAAAAAAAAAGAACCUCACUGUCCAAGCGGCAGGAGGUCGACACCGGACCCUGCCGUCGGAGGCGUUAGCGGGAGCAUUUUAACUGUAUUUAUCCAGGGAGGCUUUGCCAGAGCUGCGCCCUGCUUCACAUCUGCGCACAUUCGCAUCCAGUUGGACCCGUCGCUAACUGUCGGCCGCUGAGCAGCAGUAGGUGCCUUGCUCAGGGACGCCCUGGCGGUAGCUGUUACCCGAACCGAGGCUGUUUCACCAGGCCUCCCUUCAGAGACUCCUCACAAACGCACCUUCACGAACCCAUGACGUACGAGUAAACCCCCCCCCCCCCUUUUUUUUCCAACAACCCACCACUCUCCUCCUUCUCCGAAAAGCCUUCAUCGCAUUAACAGACACUUUUAAGACGAUAUUGAUUAUAGAUUGGUAAACGUGUUGUUUGAUUGUGUAUGAGCUGUCAGUCACCAGAGCGUGCUUUUCAUCACGGUUAAAAAGUUUGUGGUUUAUUUUUAUUUUUUUCCACUUUAGACACUUCGAAGUUUUAUGAUGAGUAGGAUUUUUAACACGCGGAGAGAAAAAAAAACAAAAAAAAAAACAAGUCUCUUAGAGUUAAUUAAUAGCAUUACCGUGACAACGACUCAUCACUCCACCCCGUCCUCUGCCCUUCUUUUCCAUCUCUUCUCACACCGUGCACCGGCAGCCUCUGAGCUGUACGCUGGAGCAUUCGGAGGUUCAGUGCCUUGCUCAAGGGCAUUUCAGGCGUAGUUUUCUUUGCUUUUCAUUCUUCCCUGACUGAAUCUUUUCUUUUUUUUUUUUUUUCAACCUGUCCGGGGAUUGUAACCUGUGAUCAUAUCCAGUCACAAAGCAGUCAACUCUGAACCUUUAGGCUGUAGCUGCCCUCAUGACGCUCGCCUGGUGCUGUCUUAAACUAUGCUACGUCAGAUAAUUACCACUAUACACAGAUUCUGUUGUGCUUUUACGAUAUGCAGAGGAGAAACUUUGUACUUUUUCAAACAUGCGGAUUGGUAUCAGGGCUCCUGCACAAGUCAGAAAAAUGGCCGACGACGCUUCUGCAAAGUGCGGUGGGAAAUAAUCAUUCCUGAUAAAUUAAGGCUUUAGAGAUCUGGUAUUAAGGAAUCGUGGAUCUGUAGCUAUUAAACUCCUUUAAUUAAACGAUGAACCAAAACAUACGAGUGAGCAGAACAAGUAGGAACCCAAACCUCUGGAGCCUAACAUUGAAGAAGACCAGCUGCACUGAUUGGCUCUUUUGUCGUUGCACUCGAGUUUUUUUCGUGUUUGCAGAGAAGAAAAAUGAAAAAAGAGGGAACAAUCGAAUAUUUGUUCUGGGAGUUUUGCAUUUUGUUUUUAGGGAACAUGUCGGGUGACUGGCUUUUUCUUCUGUCCUUCACAAGCAUAUGUGUGUUAUGCAAGGUUACUCAAUUGAAAUUUUGUUCUUUUUUUAAAUAAAUGAUAAAACUGAA